AUGCCUCUGGCGAGGUUUGGUCUGCAGCUAGGCGAUGCUCAGCCACUCACGGCGAAUCAGAAGGACGACCUGCAUCCAGUCGUUCUUGGAGCCGUGAUCUGGUCAUACGUCUUGGUCCAACGCGACCCCAUGCAUGUCAUGCACGUCUGGACCUGCUUCACUCGACUGCUGGAGGCUUCCGAUAACCUGGCCGCUCGGUUUGUAGAGGAACAGCCCGGCGCUUUUCGGUCCUUUCUGGUCUUCUUCUCUCGUCAGCAACACUGCAGUCCAGACAAGCUUCUGCUGAUGCUGAAGUACAUGUUGUCGAACUAUCCCAAUUCUUUGGGCGAGAUGGAAUGGGCCCUCGUCUUCGCCGGCUUCAUUCGUGCCGGUCAUCUAGAGAUGGCAGAAAAGCUGCGAAAGUUGAUGUUGAGCACGGGCCGUACGUUUACCUCGCUUGGCCUAGAGCAUAUGCAAGAGAGAUGGGGGGAUCGCGAGAUCGUCAAAAAGCUGUUGGACGAUGUUGAUGUACGAGGCAUGCUCCCAUCGAGCAACAAAGACAUCGAAGUCACCAUGACCGAAGUCUUUGGCUCAGACGUGCAAGUCGACGCGCAGGCAUUUGACUUCGGGCCUGGAUUCAACGACUACGGAGCCUUCCUUACAGGCGCAGUGCGCUCGGAAGGCCUUUUGGCUUGA